AUGGAAGAAGAUUUAAAUUCUUAUUUUAUAAAUUUAGAUUGGUAUUCAAACAAUGUUGAAAUCAACAAAAUUUGUGAUUAUUUGUUGUUAAAUAACUUGCAACACCCGUCAAAUGAUUCACCAAGCAAAAAUGACCAAAACGAAAAUGAAGAAGAAAAUUUAAGAUUAUUUUUUUAUAAUUUCAUAACAUUUUUAUAUAAUAAAAAGGGUCAGUAUAAUAUACAAGAAAAUGAAUAUAUUAAAAUCAAAAAAAUACUUGAACGAUAUGGCGAAAUUUAUGAAUUUCUCAUUGUUCAAAAUUAUCAAAAUUAUAUUUAUGCAAAUUAUAAACCAAAUGAAAUCUAUCCACUAUUCCACAGGCUGUUGACAGAUGACAUGGUCCUACAUAGAAUAGACUAUUAUGACUACUAUAUGAUGAUAAAGAAUAAUUUAGAUAUUAUAAAUGAAAAUGGGUUAUUUAAAGAUAUUUUAUUGACUCUAUACACUUAUAUAGAAGAUGAAAAAAAGAAAAAUAUUCAAACUAUUUAUUUAUUUUUCACAAUUUUAUUAAUCAGACCAAAGAUGGACAAGCAGGAAUUUAACAAAGACCUAUUUUUAAACAAAUUUAUAAAAUAUACUUCAAGCCUUAUACUUCUCUCUAGUACAGAAUCAUUUAAAAGAGUAACAAAUGGAAUAAACUAUAUAGUUUUAUCAUCAAGAGUGGGUAGAUGCAUGAUAAUAGAAUUUGAAGAAGAGAUUCUAAUAAAUAAUUUAGAGUAUCUAAUUAAAAUAUUAAAUAAAAGAAAGAAUAGAAUAACAACCCCCAAUAGAGAAAUAGAAUAUAAUGUAAAUGUGUUGGGUCUAUUGGAAAUAUUCAAUUGUGUUCAAAAUAAAUUUAAAAAUAUAAUAGAGUCCAUUAUUAUGACCAAUAAGCAGUAUGAACAACUUCAAGAACAGCAACCAGUUUUUAAAGAAUAUCUUAACUUUGCUUUAGAUAACGGAAUGUUUAGAAGUGCAUCACUGUAUUUGUUCCUAGAGAGAGAGAAUAUUAUGGACCUAUUCAGGUUUAAAAGAGUAUCUAAUAAACCAAUGCCAUACGUUGACCUUAUAAUACUAUCAAACAAACUAAUGAAUUUCAAAGCACCCACCAACAUACCAAAAAACUCAAUAUUUGAUUUAAUAGUAAACUUUAGUACAAUUUCAAAGGAAGAGAUCCAAGAAAUAUUUUAUAAUAGUAGUGAAUUAGAACCCCAUUUUACUCACAACAAUCCAACAUAUUCAUCCAAUACCAAAAUAGAAUCCAUUAAAUCACUUUAUUUAAAUUUAUAUUAUAAAAUUAAAAAUAACUAUUCAAUAGAAAAUUGUUUAAAAUCUUUAUUUUAUAAGAUAGAAUCAAGUUAUCUUAAACAAGAAUUUAUAAAAUCAAUUCUUGAUGAUUUAAUAAUCAAUUUAAAUAUAAAUCUAAUAGAUCAAUACUUAACAAAUAGUUCAAUAUUUAAUAAUUUAAUAACCAAUAAUAAAACAUACAACAAAAAACAAUUAAUAGGUUCCCAUAAUUUAAAUAAUAAUAAUAAUAAUAAUAACAUGGUUUAUUUACCACAAUAUAUUAUCAAAUAUAUAUUAAAAUAUUUAGUGAAUGAUAAAAAUAUAAUUGAUAAAUUAAAUUUAUCUUUGGUCAACAAAGAAUUUUUUGGUUAUGUGUCAAAUUUAACCAAUAACCAGUGUACUAUAACUAUGGAGAAGGUAUUACCAAAGGAUCAAGUAAAUAAACCAUGGUCAUUAAUUAAAGUAGAAAAUAUUACCAGUAUAAGAACAACACCAUUAGAUAAAUAUUCGCUCAACUAUAAUAAAAACUUUAAUAACUUAUUGGAAUAUAAAGCAUUAGAAACAAUUGAAAUUAAUGGAUCAUUUUGCAAAUCGCCAUUCAGUGAUUUUAUAUACUUGGUACAGCAUCCAAAUUUAAAAACAAUAAUAAUUAAAUGUGAUUUUUUAGAUUUAAUAAACUAUUCAUCAGAGUUGGAAUAUUUUAGUAGUUUCAAAACCUUCAAAUUUAAAAUGUCAAUUGAAAGGCACCAGUAUGUACCCAUUUUAAAGAAUUUUUAUGAAAAUUCAAUCCUAUCUAUCUCGAUACCAGCAAAUGAUUUCAUACAUGAAUAUUUCGAGAAUAAUCUAUUCAAAAUAAAGAAAUAUAUCAUUAAAGAUCGUAUUUCCUCUGAUGAUAUGUAUAAGCUACCCUCACCAGAAGAAGAAAAUAUAGAACAAAUAGAAAAAAUGAAGAAAUUUUCAAAUCUAUCAAAAUUAACUUUUAAAGGCACAAAUGAUGAUAGCAUAAAAACCUUCUUAACCUUUAUUAGUGGUUAUGCAAUAAACUUGGAAGAAAUUACCUUCAAACCACUAAACUAUCUAAUUUCAAUCCAAUCAAUAUUCGACUUACUGUCAUCAAAUCAAGUUCAUUUUCCAAAUUUAAAAAUAAUAUCAUUCAAAACAAAAAACAAUUACUCUUUAUCACUUAAAGAUUGGGAAUCAAUUGAUAUUAAAUCAUUUAAAACAUUAGAUUUCAAAUAUAAAACAUUUUAUAAACAAAAUAAUAUCAAUUAUAUUAAUGAAAACAAAAAUAAUAUGGAUUCUUUAAUUUGUGAUAUAAGUUUUAAAAAAAAUCAAUAUUUAGAAAUCAACUCAAACUUUCACGAUUACAAGUUUUUCAAUUAUAGACAUCAAAAAAGAAAAGAAAGGAAAAGCUCCAACAUAGAAAAUAUUUAUAGUCAAAAUCAUCAUGUUAAUUUUUUAAAAUCAAUAGAAAAAUAUGAUUUUUAUCAACAUGAAACAGAGAAACUAAUUUUUUAUCCAACAAGUUUUAGUGGAAAUAAAUAUAAGUUCUAUUAA